ACACCCCAUGCACCCACAGAUUACACAACGGUAUACAGAGUCGCGCAGACUAGAGAGGAGCCAAUCAACAAAUAUCUCUUCACGCUUCUCAGCUUCCUCUUUCUCUCUCCCUCUUUAACUCUGUGUUUCAUUUGGCCAUGUUUUCUGGGGGCCACACCUCUUGUGCCUUGUCUAUCAAUCCUUGAACCUUUUCGAAUCUCUAUUUCUUGAUCUGGGCAUCAAAGGUUUCUUCUUCAUAUCCAAGUUUUGGCCUUGAAACUCUUCGUUUUUAUAUGCUUUUACUAAUGUUUACUGCACAAAUCCACUGAUAAUGGAAAACCCAUCUGGUUGGUCGUCCCUUUUGAGUUUAUUGUUUGGUUUGGAUGAUUUAAAGCAAUGGGUUUUUUGUUGAUGAUUCAAAGUUACUUUGUUUUAUACAAGACUUACUCUCUAACUGUAUGAGCAUUCCUUUUGUGGGAUUAUAGAGUUAUGGGUAGAGGUAGGGGAAAGGGGAAAAAAAUGACUGCUAGCAAUCAUGAUGAUACUGGAAGUGGUGAAGAAGAGAAAAUCCCUGUGCAGAAGCGAAGAGGAAGACCUCAGAAACCAUUGAAAGAUGAGAUUGAUGACGAAGAUGCUGAAAAGAUAGAGGAGGAAGAUGCUGAAAGUGGAAAAACAGUUCUAUCAAGCGGCAAAGAAGUGAAAAGCCCCACUGGUGCCACUGGUGCAGAGAAUGGGAAAAAGCGGAAGCGAAACUCACAAGCAAAAGAGAAGACAGACACAGUGAAGGAGGAAAAUGGUAGUGGAGCCAGAUCUGGCAAUGAUGAUUCAGUCAAGUCUAAUGGAUUCCGGCAUAAUGGGAGCAGGAGAAAAAGCACACCUCGAAGGGCUGCUGAAGCAGGUGUAGCAUGCAAGUGAAAUCAUGUUUCAGAAAUUCGAUGGAUCUCUUUUUUUCGCAUUACCGGAUAAUUUGCCUUUGCAGGAUAGGAAGUGCGACAUGUUUGUUUUUGUUUGUUUAUUUUUUUGUUAUCAUUUCAAUUUACUACCUUAAUUAAUUUUACUUGAGAAUUUUGGAAUGGAUUCUGCUGGUUUUAAGUUUUUCAAUGCUAUCUUAUUUUUAACAUG